AUGUUCUUGCAUCAGCUCGACCUCACUACCGCACUGCGCCCGUCGCUCCUGCCGGAGGAGACGCUGCUUUUUGUCCAAGAUCAAGUCGGGCUCUAUGAGGGCAAAUUCAAGAUACCCGAGUAUCAAAAUGGCCAGUCCUACCUGACCUCGCACCGCGUCUGCUAUGUAGACCACAACGAGCCACGUAAGAACUCGGUUGCUAUAUUUCUGAAAGAUGUCGAGAAAGCCGACUUUUAUGCCGGGUUCCUCAAGUCCUCACCCAAGAUCACCCUCUACCCGAAGCCUUUGAAGCAGUUGUCGCGUGGUAGCUCGGUGCCCUCCAAUCCACAGGUCGCUUCCGUCUCGUCUUCCACCCCGCCGCGACAUAGUAGCCCCGCGCCCCCGCCUCCAGCAAGCGCAACAUGGGUGUGUCCGAUAUGUUCAUUUUCGAACCCGGUGCCGUCCAACUUCGAUCCUGCCUUGGCAUCGCGUACACCCAUACCACCAUGUCUGGCAUGCGGAAUCAAGCCGCCAACGGUGCAUGUAGUCAAGGCGGCCAUAGCAGCCAUUUCGAACCGACCCGCUCCUGGUCCGCCGCCGAAAGAUGUGAAGAAUGGAGCACCCGUCGCUGUAAACAAUGGGAAACGUCGUCGUGUCGAGGUGCACUACAGACCAUCCCUCCUCUGCUCACUCAGGUCCCAGUCACCAGGUCCUACUCUUGCAUCACCUUUGCAGUCUGAGUCUGUCGAAUGCAUCAAGAUGUCGUUUCGUGCGGGUGGAGGGCCCAUCUUCUACGAACGUCUGAAGAAUGCCCUGAUCCAACGCAAAUGGCUGCUGCAAAGUGCCCCACCGAUUCCGAAACCGCGGCCAGCCUCUGGGAGUUUUCAGGACGGCUACGCCCCAAAUCCCGAUGGUUCGUCUGCCGAAGAGGAGCGGCCUCGAGUUGUCGGUAUUGCAGGAUUGGAGCGGCGCGGUCUGGAGCAGAGACAGAAUAAUGAGGCUAUGAUAGGCGGUGCAUUUGAAGAUCUCGAAGCGCUGAUGACUUCAGCAAAGGAGAUUAUUGCUCUAGCUGAACAGUUUGCGUCGCAGGCCAACCUAGGCACUAGUGAUAGUUCCGAAGCCAAUGCGUUGGCAUCCCAGUCUGCUUCUGCACUUGGUCUGGUUACCACCAAGGAUAUGCUGGGCACUGGAUCAGGUUCAGAAUCCUUAUAUGUAUCAGAGCUUUCAAGGAAUUUGGCCGAGUGGUUGACAGACGAUACUCGGGGGAUACUACGAAAAGAGGGUGGCAUCAUGACACUUGUAGACUUGUGGGCCGUCUUUAACCGCGCAAGAGGGGGCGUUGAGCUUGUCAGCCCUUCAGAUUUUGAAAAGGCAGCUCGAAUGUGGGACACGCUCAAACUCCCAGUACGUUUACGGCAGUUCAAGAGUGGCCUUUUAGUCGUCCAAGGUCGCGACCGCACGGAUGAGAAGACCAUCGCCAGUCUCCUGGCCUGGUUGAAGAUCCUGCAUCAAGAGCCGCCAGCCAACGAAGUUACAUGGGACUGGCAAAUGUACGGACGAGGCGUCACCGCUCAAGAGACGGCUGAAAGAUUUGGUUGGAGCGUUGGAGUCGCAACUGAAGAGCUGGAGAUGGCCGAAGAAUCUGGCGCACUGUGUCGUGAGCAGGGCAUCGACGGCUUCAGAUUCUGGGAAAACUGGCUUAUCAACAUGCCAGAGACUGUGGGAGCGAGCAUGUAGAGAAGCUGGAAUGCUCGUCAUGUCGGAUACAAUAACCCGGAACGAUCAGGGUUCGUUAGAGCGCCGUUCAAAUCAAUGCAUAUCGCUAUUCAC